AUGAACGAUAAUGAUAAGAAAGAAAAUUCAGCGCUUAUAUCAUCAACGGAAGACAAGUCUUACAGUAAUACAAAUGCGCCUUUGAAAGGACCAUUGUUACAAAUUAAUCGAAAACAUGCCCAUCCACAGAAUAAUAAUGUUACAAUUCUAGACUAUCUAUUCGAAACUAAUAAUAAAAUUCUAGAUAAUCUAACCGUUAAUAUCGAAAGAAAAGCAAUAUUACCAAAUGAUGAAGAUGACUCAUGUCACAACGCGUUUUAUUAUGCUAUACGUACGGGCAAUGUUGAUCUUCUCGAUAAACUCAUUAAUAAAUGGCCAGGUAAUUAUUUUGCUGUUCAUUCCAGAGAAUUAGAUAAAAUUAUUUCACUUGCUUAUGAUGAAUUAAAACUAAAGAACGUUCCAUUACUAGAAGAGAUCGAAAUUUUUGUUGAAGAUGUAUUAAUAAAUAUUCGUUUCUUUUCUGAUGGCUCGAAACAAAUUCAAAAUGCAAAAGAACAUUUUAAUAAUAUUAGACAACGAAUUGAAUUAGUACUUCAAAAUAUUAGUUUACUAAUUGCAGAAUAUUCAAAUGACAAUACUCCUUUAUUGAUUGGAAAAUGUUUGCGUAAUCACUUAGCACAUGAAAAUACUUUGGUUAAUGCAUUGUUAUCUGAUCCCUCAAAAGCAAUUAUCUUAAAUGCUAAAAAACUUAUUUCCAAAAACAUAACAAAAAGUAAAAAAAAACUUGGCAAGUUGAUAAACGAUGUUCCUUCUGAGCUCAAGGAGAAAUUAGAUCAAAGUCUUAGAACUAUAACCAAUCAAGAAAAAAUGUUUACUGCGUUGGAGAAAGGUAAUAUUAAAAACUUUAAAAAAUAUCUUAGAAAAGGAGCUGACAUUAAGGCUAGAAGUAAUAUGUUAUGGACCACUUUACAUUUUGCUGCUAAGGGGCCCAGUCUUGAAGCUAUAAAAUAUAUUAUUAAUCAAAAGUUUGAUGUUAACCUCAAAGAUUUGAAUGGCCAAAGUCCACUUCAUAUUGCUGCAGCACAUGGAAGAAAAAAUACUGUGGAGUUUUUUUUAACAGAAACCGGCAUUUGUGUGGAUGAUUUAGAUAAAAAACACAGAACACCGUUACAUAUUGCAGCUGAACAUAAUAACAAAGAAGUUGUUGAAAUUUUAUUAAAAAAUAAUGCUAGUACAAAUACCAAAGAUAAAAGGGGUUUAUCACCUUUACAUUAUGCAAUAAAACAUAAUCAUAUUAUUGUUGCAAAGAUUUUGCUGGAAAAGGAAACUAAUGUUGACGUGAACGAGAUUCUAGGUGGCUUCACGCCAUUACAUUUAGCAGCAGAAAGAGGUCAUCUACAAUCGGUUAACUUUUUACUCAGAAAUGGAGCUAAUGUUAAUGCAAAAACUGAUAAGGAAGUAAUACCACUGCAUUUAGCAGCUUUGAAUGGUCAUUUAGAAGUAGUGAAUGCUUUAAUUCUCAAAGGAGCUAAUGUUAAUUCUCGAAAUAUUACUGGUUGUAUACCGUUGCAUUACGCAAUAGAAAACGGAAACCGACAGAUAGCUAAUAUUUUAUUGGAGCAUGGAUCUAAUGUUAAUGUUGUUGACAACACCUACAACGAUACACCUUUGCAUUUUGCAGUAAAUUUUGGUCACGAAGAAAUUGUUAAAGAUUUAUUAAAAAAUAAGGCAAAUACCAGUAUAGCCACUGUAGAAGGUUUUACGGCACUACAUUUAGCAUCAAAUCUAGGUCACUUGAAAAUAGUUGCGGCUUUGCUCCAACAUGGAGUAGAAAUUCAUUGUAAAAAUAAACACUAUGUUACAGCUUUGCAUAUUUCAGCAUAUAGUGGUCACAGGGAAAUUGUUGAGUUAUUAAUAAAAAAUGGCGCAAAAAUCUAUGAUGAAGACAAUGAAGGCUUAACACCAUUACACUUGGCUGCUCUAAAAGGUAACAUAGAUAUUAUUGAUCUUCUAAUAAAAAAUAAAGCAGAUGUGAAUAUAAGAAACAAUAAUGGUGCCACGCCUUUACAGAUAGCUGUCGCUAAUGGACAAAAAGUCGCUGCAGCUUUUUUAAUCAAAAAUAAAGCUGAGGUUAAUGCUACACACAAAUAUGGUCUUACACCUUUGCAUACAGCUGUUAUAAAAGGUAACAAAGAGAUAGUAAAUCUCUUAAUUAAAAAUAAAGCCAAAGUUAACGCGAAAAGUGAUCAUGGUACACCAUUACAAUUAGCUAUGAUAAUAGCACAUCUUGAAAUACUAAAAUUUUUAAUAGCAAAGGGCGCAGAUAUUAAUGUCGUGGAUAAUAAAAUGGUAAAACCUGCAGUACUUGCAGGAAACAAAGAUAUUGUAGAGACCUUACUAAAAACUAAACCGCAUAUUAAUAUAAAAGAUCCAGAAUAUGCUGAACUAUUACAUUCGGCAAUUAUAAAAGGGCACACGCACUUAGUAAAAUAUUUUAUAAAAAAAGGAUUCGAUGUUAAUUCCAACAAUUUUUUGAAUGUAACACCAUUAUAUAUUGCAGCAGGAAUCGACCAGGAAGAAAUUGCUGAAAUUUUAAUAACAAAUGGAGCUAAUGUUAACGUUGUAACUGAAGGUGGUGCUCCAUUACAUGUUGCUACAGAACACGGUCAUAAUAAUGUUGUUCAAAUCCUAUUAAGGAAUGGAGCCAGUAUUGAUAUUAAAGACAGCAAGAAUAGAACACCUUUAGAAUUAGCAGUUGUACAUGGUUAUGUUCAAAUAGUAAAAAUGUUUCUACAAUUUAAUAAGGUGAAUAUAAAUGGUACAACCCAAGAUGGUCUUACAUUGUUGCACAUUGCCUCACAAGAAGAAAGUAAUUUAAAUAUGGUAAAAUUUCUUGUAAAUAUAGGAUGUGAUGUUAAUGCAAAAAAUAACAAAGGCUCAAAGCCUAUACAUAUUGCCGCUAGAGAGGGUAAUAAGGAUAUUGUAGAAUUUUUUCUUAGUAAAGGAUUAAGUAUUAACGAGUAUGGUUCAAAAAACCAAACAUUAUUACAUUAUGCUGCAAUAGAAGGUCACUUGGAAGUUAUAAAAUACUUGAUAGCGCAGGGUGCUAAUAUUAAUGCUAAAGACAGUGACGGUAUAACUCCUAUGCAUAUUGCUGCUAAUUUUGGUUGUAAAAAAGACGCUAUAGAAAUUUUAAUAAAUAAUUAUGGAAUUUACAAUGCUGCUGAUAAUAUGCUGGGUUUAAGACCUGUAGACGUAGCUUAUAACGAAGAUGUUAAAUACUUAUUUACAUUAAUUGAAAAAUUAUUUGAGUCUGUAAAAUGUAAUGACUCGUCGGAAGUAGAGAAUAGCAUUAGAGCAGGAGCAUAUGUUAAUGCAAAAAAUGCUGAUAAUGCUACAUCUUUGCAUUAUGCUGCAUGGAAAGGCUAUGACAAAGUUGUCAAGAUUCUAUUGCAGAAUAAAGCCAAUCCUAAUGCGGUUGGUAAAAAUGGAUUUACUCCCAUACAUUAUGCUACUAAAUUCUCACAUUUAAAAAUUGUAAAAAUAUUACUAUACCAUGGUGCAGUAUAUAAUACACUUUCUGACAGCGGCAAAAUACCAUUAGACUUUGCUGUAGAUGAAGAUAUUGCUGGUUUAUUUAAACUAAUUAAUAAAUCAUUUAAACAAAUUAUGGAAAAUAAUAUCAAAGUUAUUGAAGAUCUAAAUAAAAUAAAAGAUAUUGAUACAGUAAAAACAGUAAUGCGUGCUUGUAAUAGAGAAAACGAAACGUUAAUAGUUGCUGCAAUACAUAAUAACUUUUCAGAAGUGGGUCAAUUGAAACAGAUAUGGCAAAAUGAUGUAUCCAUUCAACAUAACGCAGCUUUAGCUCUUAUGAAACAAAAAAGAGUUCUAGGUUUAAAUGAUAUAGAUACAUUAAAAACAAGAGAUUUAAUGGCUUUAGUCCUGCACAGGCAAGGAGAGAAUGAAAAAGCUGGUAAUAUUUAUCAAGAAAUCUAUCAAAAACAAAACGAAAUACUUGGUCCUGCUCAUUCAGAUACCUUAAAUACUCAGCUUCACAUGGCAUUAGUAUUAGAUAAGCAAGGAAAGUUUCAAGAAGCAUUAAAUAUCAACAAAACAGUUUUUGAAAGAAGGAAAGAAACCCUAGGUACACAUAAUUUAGAUACUGUAAAAGCCAAAAAUAAUAUAGCUAUGGUACUGUUAAACCAAGGUAAAUUAGAAGAAUCAUUAAAAAUCUAUAAGGAAGUUCUAGAAGAAAAGAAAUGUAUUAUAGGUAUUAAUCAUUCUGAUACAUUAAGAACGUUACAUAGCAUUGCUGGAGUACUUUUUAGACAACAAAAGCAUAAUGAGGCCUUGAAAACUUUUCAGGAACUUUUAAAUAUACAGGAAAAAGUUUUGCCAAAAGAUCACCCAGAAACUUUAAUUACCGAAUACAGCAUAGCAGAAGUCCUUUUUGCUCAACGCAAAUAUAUUACCGCCUUGAAAGUCUACAGGCAUAAUUUUGAAAAAACAAAAUCAGUUUUUGGACCAUAUCAUCAAACGGUUUUAGUUAGCAGAGUAAGAAUGGAGUCAAUUAAAAUGGAAUUAAAGUUAGAGGAUGUUGAAGUCUCAGUUUUGCAAGACUUACAAAGAGAUAUCAACAUUGCUGCUAGUAAUGGUGACCUAGAUACUGUUCAGCAUCUUUUAAAAAGUGGAGGUAACGCUAAUGAUAUCGACCUUGAUGGGAGAACACCGUUACAUUAUGCUGUUAGCAAUGGACACAUAAAUGUUUUAAAUAUCUUACUGAAAUAUGGAGCUGAUAUGACUCAAGUUACUAAUAAAGGUAACACACCUCUACAUAUUGCUACUAAUCGAGGUUGUAAAGAAAUUGUCCAAAUUUUAUUAGAACGUAUAAGUCGUGAUAAAUUAAAUGUCUUUGUGAAUUCUAAAACUACUUCUAGCGGUACCACAUCACUUCAUAUUGCAGCUAAAAAUUGCUUCUUAGAAAUUGUAAAAUGUUUAUUAAAACAUGGUGCAGCUUAUAAUAUUAAGAAUAAAGAAGGCAAAAUGCCUAUUAAUGUUUCCAAGGAUCCGGAAGUUGUUCAUUUUUUUGAAGUAAUAGAAGAAAUGUUUGAGAGUACAAAAAAAGGUAAUGUUGAAGUUCUUGACAAGUUAAAGUUAAUGAAGCAAGAUGAGUUUUUAGCAGUAACAAAUGCUCUUAAUAAUCACGGGCGUACAUUAUUGCAAAUUGCUAUAUCAACAUCCGAUCGUAAUAAUCUACUCUUACAUAUAAAUUUAAAUAUUUUUAACAAAAACUAA